CCUGGACGCAGCAUAACUAACGAAGCUGCUGCAGGAUGAGAAGAUGGCAGCACGGCUGCUCGCACCACCAGGCCCUGAUAGUUUCAAGCCUUUCACCCCCGAGUCGCUGGCAAACAUCGAGAGGCGCAUCGCCGAGAGCAAGCUCAAGAAACCACCGAAGGCCGAUGGCAGCCACCGGGAAGAUGACGAGGACAACAAGCCCAAGCCCAACAGUGACCUGGAAGCAGGGAAGAGUUUGCCUUUCAUCUACGGGGACAUCCCCCAAGGCCUGGUUGCCGUUCCCCUGGAGGACUUUGACCCAUACUAUUUGACGCAGAAAACCUUUGUAGUAUUAAACAGAGGGAAAACUCUCUUCAGAUUUAGUGCCACGCCUGCCUUGUACAUUUUAAGUCCUUUUAACCUGAUGAGAAGAAUAGCUAUUAAAAUUUUGAUACAUUCAGUAUUUAGCAUGAUCAUUAUGUGCACUAUUUUGACCAACUGUGUAUUCAUGACUUUUAGUAACCCUCCCGAGUGGUCGAAGAAUGUGGAGUACACAUUCACGGGGAUUUAUACGUUUGAAUCACUAGUGAAAAUUAUUGCAAGAGGUUUCUGCAUAGACGGCUUUACCUUCUUACGGGAUCCAUGGAACUGGCUAGAUUUCAGCGUCAUCAUGAUGGCAUAUGUGACAGAGUUUGUGGACCUGGGCAAUGUCUCAGCGCUGAGAACAUUCAGGGUUCUCCGAGCUUUGAAAACUAUCUCUGUAAUUCCAGGCCUGAAGACAAUUGUGGGUGCCCUGAUUCAGUCUGUGAAGAAGCUGUCCGACGUGAUGAUCCUGACAGUGUUCUGCCUGAGCGUGUUUGCCUUGAUCGGACUGCAGCUCUUCAUGGGGAACCUGCGAAACAAGUGUGUUGUGUGGCCCAUCAACUUCAACGAGAGCUAUCUGGAAAAUGGCACCAAAGGCUUUGAUUGGGAGGAGUACAUCAACAAUAACACCAAUUUUUACACAGUUCCUGGCAUGCUAGAACCUUUACUCUGUGGGAACAGUUCGGAUGCUGGACAAUGCCCAGAGGGAUACCAGUGUAUGAAGGCAGGAAGGAACCCCAACUACGGUUACACAAGCUUUGACACCUUCAGCUGGGCUUUCUUGGCACUGUUUCGCCUUAUGACCCAGGACUAUUGGGAAAACCUGUAUCAACUGACCUUACGAGCGGCUGGGAAGACAUACAUGAUCUUCUUUGUUUUGGUCAUCUUUGUGGGCUCGUUCUACCUGGUGAACCUGAUCUUGGCUGUGGUGGCCAUGGCGUAUGAAGAACAGAAUCAGGCAACGCUGGAGGAGGCCGAGCAAAAGGAGGCCGAGUUCAAAGCCAUGUUGGAGCAACUUAAGAAACAACAGGAAGAAGCACAGGCUGCAGCCAUGGCGACCUCAGCGGGCACCGUCUCAGAAGACGCCAUAGAGGAAGAAGGCGAAGACGGGGUGGGCUCUCCCCGGAGCUCCUCUGAAAUUUCGAAGCUCAGUUCAAAGAGUGCCAAGGAAAGACGCAAUAGGAGAAAGAAGAAGAGACAGAAGGAGCUCUCUGAAGGAGUGGAGAAAGGGGAUCCUGAGAAGGUGUUUAAAUCAGAGUCCGAAGACGGUAUGAGGAGAAAAGGCAUUCGGCUGCCAGACAACAGAAUAGGGAGAAAGUUUUCCAUCAUGAAUCAGUCGCUGCUCAGCAUUCCCGGGUCCCCGUUCCUCUCCCGCCACAACAGCAGAAGCAGCAUCUUCAGUUUCCGGGGCCCGGGGCGGUUCCGAGACCCCGGCUCGGAGAACGAGUUUGCGGACGACGAGCACAGCACGGUGGAGGAGAGCGAGGGCCGCCGCGACUCGCUCUUCAUCCCGGCCCGCGCCCGCGAGCGGCGCAGCAGCUACAGCGGCUACAGCGGCUACAGCCAGGGCAGCCGCUCCUCGCGCAUCUUCCCCAGCCUCCGGCGCAGCGUCAAGCGCAACAGCACGGUGGACUGCAACGGCGUGGUGUCCCUCAUCGGCGGCCCGGGCUCCCAUGUCGGCGGGCGUCUCCUGCCAGAGGCUACAACCGAAAUCGAAAUUAAGAAGAAAGGCCCUGGAUCUCUCUUAGUUUCCAUGGAGCAGCUGGCCUCUUACGGACGGAAGGACAGGAUCAACAGUAUCAUGAGUGUUGUUACCAAUACUCUCGUAGAAGAGCUGGAAGAGUCGCAGAGGAAGUGCCCACCGUGCUGGUAUAAAUUUGCCAACACUUUCCUCAUCUGGGAGUGUCACCCCUACUGGAUAAAGCUGAAGGAGAUUGUGAACUUGAUCGUCAUGGACCCAUUCGUGGACCUCGCCAUCACCAUCUGCAUCGUCCUGAACACGCUGUUCAUGGCUAUGGAGCACCACCCCAUGACCCCACAGUUUGAACACGUCCUGGCUGUCGGGAAUCUGGUUUUCACCGGAAUUUUCACAGCAGAAAUGUUCUUGAAACUCAUAGCCAUGGAUCCCUACUAUUACUUCCAAGAGGGCUGGAACAUUUUUGACGGGUUCAUCGUCUCCCUCAGUUUAAUGGAACUCAGUCUAGCGAAUGUGGAGGGGCUUUCCGUGCUGCGAUCUUUCCGAUUGCUCCGGGUCUUCAAAUUGGCCAAGUCCUGGCCCACCCUGAACAUGCUGAUCAAGAUCAUUGGGAAUUCCGUGGGUGCUCUGGGCAACCUGACCCUGGUGUUGGCCAUCAUCGUCUUCAUCUUUGCCGUGGUGGGGAUGCAGCUCUUUGGAAAGAACUACAAAGAAUGUGUCUGCAAGAUCAACCAGGAGUGCGAGCUCCCUCGCUGGCACAUGCAUGACUUUUUUCAUUCCUUCCUCAUUGUCUUUCGAGUGCUGUGUGGAGAGUGGAUCGAGACCAUGUGGGACUGCAUGGAGGUGGCAGGCCAGGCCAUGUGCCUCAUUGUCUUUAUGAUGGUCAUGGUGAUUGGCAACCUGGUGGUGCUGAACCUGUUUCUGGCCUUGCUCCUGAGCUCCUUCAGCGCAGACAACCUGGCAGCCACAGACGAUGAUGGGGAAAUGAACAACCUCCAGAUCUCCGUUAUCCGGAUCAAGAAGGGUGUUGCGUGGACCAAAGUGAAAGUGCACGCCUUCAUGCAGGCCCACUUCAAGCAGCGCGAGGCUGAUGAGGUGAAGCCCCUGGAUGAGCUGUACGAAAAGAAGGCCAACUGCAUUGCCAACCACACGGGUGCAGACAUCCACAGGAACGGCGACUUCCAGAAGAAUGGCAACGGCACGACCAGCGGCAUCGGCAGCAGCGUGGAGAAGUACAUCAUUGACGAGGACCACAUGUCCUUCAUCAACAACCCCAACCUGACCGUGCGCGUGCCCAUCGCUGUGGGCGAGUCGGAUUUCGAGAACCUCAACACGGAGGAUGUUACCAGCGAGUCGGAUCCUGAAGGCAGCAAAGAUAAACUGGAUGAUACUAGCUCCUCUGAGGGAAGUACCAUCGAUAUCAAACCCGAGGUAGAAGAGGUCCCUGUGGAGCAGCCUGAGGAAUACCUGGAUCCAGACGCCUGCUUCACAGAAGGUUGUGUCCAGCGGUUCAAGUGCUGCCAGGUGAACAUUGAGGAAGGGCUAGGCAAGUCCUGGUGGAUCCUACGGAAAACCUGCUUCCUCAUCGUGGAGCACAAUUGGUUUGAGACCUUCAUCAUCUUCAUGAUCCUGCUCAGCAGUGGCGCCCUGGCCUUCGAGGACAUCUACAUUGAGCAGAGAAAGACCAUCCGUACCGUCCUGGAAUACGCUGACAAGGUCUUCACCUACAUCUUCAUCCUGGAGAUGUUGCUGAAAUGGACAGCCUAUGGCUUCGUCAAGUUCUUCACCAAUGCCUGGUGCUGGCUGGACUUCCUCAUUGUGGCUGUCUCUUUAGUCAGCCUUAUAGCUAAUGCCCUGGGCUACUCGGAACUAGGUGCCAUAAAGUCCCUUAGGACCCUAAGAGCCUUGAGACCCUUAAGAGCCUUAUCACGAUUUGAAGGGAUGAGGGUGGUGGUGAAUGCCUUGGUGGGUGCCAUCCCCUCCAUCAUGAAUGUGCUGCUGGUGUGUCUCAUCUUCUGGCUGAUUUUCAGCAUCAUGGGAGUUAACCUGUUCGCGGGAAAGUACCACUACUGCUUCAAUGAGACCUCUGAGAGUCGGUUUGAAAUUGAAAUCGUCAACAAUCUCACUGAGUGUGAAAGGCUCAUGGAGGGGAACAACACAGAAAUCCGAUGGAAGAACGUGAAGAUCAACUUUGACAAUGUUGGGGCAGGUUAUCUGGCCCUCCUGCAGGUGGCAACCUUCAAAGGCUGGAUGGACAUCAUGUAUGCCGCGGUUGAUUCUCGAAAGGUUGACGAGCAGCCUAAGUAUGAGGACAACAUCUACAUGUACAUCUACUUUGUCAUCUUCAUUAUCUUCGGCUCCUUCUUCACGCUGAACCUGUUCAUUGGUGUCAUCAUUGAUAACUUCAAUCAACAAAAGAAAAAGUUUGGAGGUCAAGACAUCUUCAUGACCGAAGAACAGAAGAAGUACUACAACGCCAUGAAAAAGCUGGGCUCCAAGAAACCUCAGAAACCCAUUCCCCGCCCCCUGAACAAAAUCCAAGGCCUCGUCUUCGACUUCGUCACGCAACAAGCCUUUGACAUUGUGAUCAUGAUGCUCAUCUGCCUUAACAUGGUCACGAUGAUGGUGGAGACGGACACCCAGAGCAAGCAGAUGGAGACCGUCCUCUACUGGGUCAACUUCGUCUUCGUCAUCUUCUUCACCUGUGAGUGCGUGCUCAAGAUGUUCGCCUUGAGACACUACUACUUCACGAUCGGCUGGAACAUCUUUGACUUCGUGGUCGUCAUCCUGUCCAUCGUGGGAAUGUUCCUGGCUGAUUUGAUUGAGAAAUACUUUGUUUCCCCAACCCUGUUCCGAGUCAUCCGAUUGGCCCGCAUUGGGCGCAUCUUGCGUCUGAUCAAAGGCGCCAAGGGGAUCCGUACCCUGCUCUUUGCCUUAAUGAUGUCCUUACCCGCCCUGUUCAACAUCGGCCUUCUGCUCUUCCUGGUCAUGUUCAUCUUCUCCAUCUUUGGGAUGUCCAACUUUGCCUACGUGAAGCACGAAGCCGGCAUCGACGACAUGUUCAACUUCGAGACCUUUGGCAACAGCAUGAUCUGCCUGUUUCAGAUCACCACCUCGGCCGGGUGGGAUGGCCUGCUGCUGCCCAUCCUGAACCGCCCCCCAGACUGCAGCCUGGACAAGGAGCACCCGGGCAGUGGCUUUAAGGGAGACUGCGGGAACCCCUCCGUGGGCAUCUUCUUCUUCGUCAGCUACAUCAUCAUCUCCUUCCUGAUUGUGGUGAACAUGUACAUCGCCAUCAUCCUGGAGAACUUCAGCGUGGCCACGGAAGAGAGCGCCGACCCCCUGAGCGAGGACGACUUUGAGACCUUUUACGAGAUCUGGGAGAAAUUCGACCCGGACGCCACCCAGUUCAUUGAGUACUGUAAGCUGGCGGACUUUGCCGACGCCUUAGAGCACCCCCUCCGCGUGCCCAAGCCCAACACCAUCGAGCUGAUCGCCAUGGACCUGCCCAUGGUGAGUGGGGACCGCAUCCACUGCUUGGACAUCCUCUUCGCCUUCACCAAGCGGGUCCUGGGAGACAGCGGGGAGCUGGACAUUCUCCGGCAGCAGAUGGAGGAGCGGUUCGUGGCAUCCAAUCCUUCCAAAGUGUCUUACGAGCCAAUCACGACCACCCUGCGGCGCAAGCAGGAGGAGGUGUCGGCCGUGGUCCUGCAGCGCGCCUACCGGGGACACUUAGCCAGGCGGGGCUUCAUCUGCAAAAAGACCAUGUCCAAUAAGCUGGAGAACGGUGGCACCCACCGGGAGAAAAAGGAGAGCACCCCGUCCACAGCCUCCCUCCCGUCCUAUGACAGUGUGACCAAGCCGGAGAAGGAGAAGCAGCAGCGGGCCGAGGAGGGGAGGAGGGAAAGAGCCAAACGACAAAAAGAGGUCCGAGAGUCCAAGUGUUAGAGGAGAGCACACAGUCAACACUGUACAGAUCUCAGGCUCGCCAGGGAAAGAUUGUUUACAGACUUCCUGAAGAGUAUCCGUGCAGAAGAGCUGUGGAGACUGUCCCCUGAAGGUCUAGACCAAACAUAGUCCGCUUACCAUGUACCACGGUUGCAUCUUGAGCAGUGACCUGCCAAGGGCCAAGAACCCUGCUCCCCAGACUCUCAGAUUUUCUAAUGCUUGGGCAGGUGGUUACUGCAUGUUCCACAUCAGUCAGUGCAACUUAGGACAAACGCAACAGGAUACCCACACAGAGGCAAGGCUGCCGGACCAGCGUGUUUCCGUGGCAGCCAAAUGGAUUUUAUUUUUUCCAUUCUGUUGAUUCUCAGAAGCAGAAAGCACCACUUUAAAAGUUUGUUUGUUCAUGCAAACUGUAUUUGCAUUCUCACAUUAGUUAAGCUAAGCAGCAAAAAGAAACACACAAGCGCGCACGCGCCCGUGCGCGCGCGCACACACGCACACACAUGCCCACACAGCCCAUGUCAUUUACUUGUCAGUUGCUUUGAUAUAACUUGCAUCUUCUCCACAUGGGCAUCACGUGGUUUGGAGAUGGGUGGGGGAAAACAACCAGGUUUCUUCAGGCUGAGGAGGACUUGCUCAGGCCAAUUCCAAACAUUGUGCUCGUUCAAUGCGUAGAAACGAUUUGCAUGAUGGCAUGCCGUGAUCAGAAGUCAUGCAUGAGAACCACACACCACAGGACGCCACCUGUCCUGUCCCCGGCACUGGGUCAGCCUUCGGACAGGACCCCAGCCCUGCACCGUUCACUGUAUUUGGUAGGAUUUCCAUACCCGCUGCAAUUCUUUAUGAAUUCUCAAAAAGUCUUUCCCACACCCUCAGGGUAGAGAAACACAACCAACCACUUGACCACCCGCAACAGAAAUCACCACCCACAAACCCAAACCAAGAAGCAGACGGAUCCGUGUGUGUCUCUGGCUGACAGACAUCUCCACCAUCCCGCCCUUGUUGCACAUAUUGAAGGAAGAACCAGCUAUUGCUGCUCAGUGUCCCGUCCGGGGGGAGACACACUCCCCAAUGGCAUCUGUCAGUGAGGUCACUGUCCAGCCAAAUCCUAGGGCUAAAAACAAGGAGGUUCAUCUAUUUGUAUCAUGCAAUAUUUGCCAGGAUUGUUGACCCUGCAUACUGGAGAAUCAACACUUAUUUGGGGUAGAGAUAAGAAGUGCUCUUCAAAGUAGCAUGUUAUCUCUGGGGGGGGGGGGGGGUUUGGGGUUGUCUUUGGGAAAUGAAACACAAUCUUUGUUGGGGGCUCAGGGGCUCACUUCAUUUACCAUCAUGUCCUGCCCUGUAGCUUUCUCUGAGCUGGGGGCAGCACAGAGGGGUUGAGACGGUAGGAACUGGCCCCUCUGCCCCAGCAGGUUUGGCUCAAGCUCACACGCUGCAUGGUCCCUCCUGCUUCCAUCCCAUUUUCUCCACCACCGAGGUGGGCCAGGGCAGCAGCACCGGGGCUCUGACUGUGGUUCAGAAGCUAGUCAUGGGUGCAGAGGUCUAAACAGAGCUGCCUCUGAGCAAGCCCAUUUGGUUUCUGUACUGCACCAGUUUGUACCAGAUGGGGGAUCUGGUACUCAUUCUUCAGGAUGUUCCGGCCGUUUUGCCCUCUGCUCAGCAACCUGCCUGUUGUCAUUGGAGGGUGGCUUUUGGGGAGCGCACCAUACGUUCCAUUCCAUUUCCUGCUUUAGAGAAUGACUGUUUUUCGGCCACAGGUUUCUCAUGGGCUGUCAAUGCCAAGACGCUGCAGUUGAAUGUGUCAGGAAGUCUAUAUAAUAUAAAGUAUGAGUAAAGGUCUCAGGCUGUGAACCAAACCAAAAUAAGUUCUUCCAGGAUCAGAAAAUAGAGGGGGCUUAAAAAUUUUUUUUAAACAAAACAAAAAAGAACAACACAUAACCAGACACACCAAUCUACCUUGCAGUAGAAGCCCUCUGGAUGUAAUCUCACUGUCCACCUGACUAGUUUUGCCUAGAACAAGCCACAGCAAGCCAGUAGGCAGAGCUUUCCAUGUUCUUAGACCAUGACCCGCUUGAUCCAGCUCUCGUAAGCUGCUUCUGCGGCCCCCUCCGUAAAAUUUCCGUCCUCUACCCGAUAACCUUGAUUGGGAAGGCAUUUCUUUCAGCGGCCCCGCUCACGGCUAGGACGAAUGUAGAGUCCCGUGUGCAGGCGCCAUUGUAAACAGCACAACACAGAAGAGGCUGACACAUGUGGUUAUUCUUUUUAAGAGAAUUAUAAAUACUGUAAUAUAUCAUUUUAUUUUACUGGCAUGCCUUUUUGUAAGUACAAAUUAUUAACUGAUUAAAUAGGAAAUGGCUUCUGGCUUA